GAGAUAGGAUGGGGCCAGGGUGGAGACUUAAAUUUAUAUCUCUGUCCGGGGCUAGAUGCCACCACCAUCAUGAACACUGGUGGGUACAGCAAGUUGGGCAGUGUAAUCGAAGAGGCCCCCAGAGGGCAGCUGGGACGUUGGGAGUGCUACAAAGAAAGACUUUUCUUCCUGGUCCUGGCUUUCCUGGUGGCCACAGUUCUGUGGGCUCUCAUUCUGAGCAUCCUAUUGUCCAAUGCCUCCAGCCAGCUCAGGGUGCUGCUCAACCACCAGGACCUGCUGAGGACAAAUGCCUCAAAGCAGAAGGUGAUGUUGAGUUCCCUGAAGGAUGAUGUCGGAGCCUGCAGGAACUGUUGUUCCGUGAUGAAAGCGCAGUUGCAAACCACACUCGCGGAGUUUAAGGACACACAGGCUAAGGUGAUGGAGCAGGAGAGCAACCUUAAAGAUCUGCAAGAGCGUGUGACCCAGGACUUGGCUAAAGCAAGCAGAGACCGUGAGAACAUCCGCAGUGAGCUGUUCCGGGCACUGGAAACUGCCAAGCGUCAGAACAGCUCCUGUGAGCAGUGCCCACCAUCAUGGCUACCCUUCCAAGGUUCCUGCUACUAUUUCUCCGAGACACAGGCCAUAUGGGAUACAGCCCAAAGCUACUGUGUAGGCCAAGGUGCCCAUCUGGUGAUUGUCAGAGACCUGAAUGAGCAGGGCUUCCUGAGUCAGCAUACUCGUGGCCGGGGCUAUUGGUUGGGUCUGAGGGCAGAUCGCCGCCUCAACAAGAUUCAAGGCUACCAGUGGGUGGACGGAGCUCCCCUCACCUUCAGCCACUGGAACUCUGGAGAGCCCAACGAUUCCGGAGGGCAUGAGGACUGUGUCAUGAUGCUGCACUCGGGGCUGUGGAAUGAUGCGCCAUGUGCCAAUGAGAGGGACGGCUGGAUCUGCGAGAAGAGGAGCAGUUGCUGA